UGUGUGUACAUCGACAAUACAGCUUCAGCUGAGGAAAGGACCAAAGGUACCACGUACACCACGUACAGUCAGUUGUUUCGAUGCUGCAGCCUCAUUUAGUCAGUUCCUCCUCUAAGUGAAAGGAACACCGGAUAUCCGUACCAUGGGUUGUAACGGGAAGCCAGACCGCCUGAGCUACGUUGCUAUGAAGAGAACAUCAACAAUAAGCCAAAGGAACACGGUGGUGACAUCCGUGCUGAGGCAGGCAGGUCAGCCAAACUUUGUUUACAUGUGGACCAUAUGUCAUCGACGUCAUCGCCUUGCUGCGUUCGACAAUAGGAAGGAUGCGGAGCUUUGAAGCACACCAAAGGGGGAAGCACCAGCUCCAACCUCUAAGUAUUUACGCUAUGACCUACAUGCAUGAACCCAGCCUAUGACAGUCGAGGUACUAUAUGUCACAUCAGUGCCUGCGUGUGACGGUUGGUCCUCACCAGCAGCAACCAGGGGGACAGGAACAGGAACAGGAACUGCUCACGGGGUUUGACUGCAGGGUUUACUUGCAGUGUUGCUGCUGUUACUCAAGUACAAGAUGUGAGUACUUCCAACCACUGAUCCAAGAUUCCUGGAGUAGUUUGAGAUCUGUGAGCGAUUCUCAAGGCAACAUGGCUCCCAAGGACAUCAUGACCAACUCUCAUGCCAAAUCCAUCCUCAAUGCCAUGAACUCACUUCGCAAGAGCAACACACUCUGUGAUAUCACACUGAGGGUGGAGAACACAGAUUUUCCGGCGCACCGGAUCGUCUUGGCUGCCUGCAGUGACUACUUUUGUGCCAUGUUCACCAGUGAGCUCGCAGAGAAGGGGAAAUCUUUUGUCGACAUUCAGGGGCUCACUGCAGCAACUAUGGAGAUCCUUUUGGACUUUGUGUACACAGAGACGGUGCUAGUUACAGUGGAGAACGUGCAAGAGCUGCUUCCUGCAGCGUGCUUACUGCAGCUCAAAGGGGUAAAGAGAGCGUGUUGUGAUUUUUUGGAGAGUCAGCUCGAUCCUUCCAACUGCCUGGGCAUUCGCGACUUUGCUGAAACUCACAACUGCCUCGACCUGAUGCAGGCCGCUGAGCUCUUCUCCCAGAAGCAUUUUUCCGAGGUGGUUCAGCACGAGGAGUUCAUGCUGCUCAGUCAGACAGAAGUCGAAAAGCUCAUAAAAUGUGAUGAAAUCCAGGUGGACUCAGAGGAGCCUGUGUUUGAAGCCGUGUUAAACUGGGUCAAACACAACCGCAAAGAGCGAGAGCCCUACCUGCCAGACAUGCUCGAAUUCGUCCGACUGCCACUCCUGACCCCCCGUUACAUUACAGAUGUCAUUGAUGCUGAGCCCCUCAUUCGGUGUAGCCUGCCAUGUCGAGACCUUGUUGAUGAAGCCAAGAAAUUCCACUUAAGACCGGAGCUGAGGAGUGAGAUGCAGGGCCCACGCACACAAGCAAGAUUAGGUGCCAAAGAAGUCCUGUUGGUUAUAGGUGGGUUUGGCAGCCAACAAUCACCGAUAGACAUAGUUGAGAAAUAUGAUCCGAAAACACAAGAAUGGAGCUUCCUUCCUAACAUUGCACGGAAAAGACGUUACGUCGCCACGGUGUCUCUCCACGAUCGAGUUUAUGUCAUCGGAGGCUAUGACGGACGGUCAAGGCUCAGCUCUGUGGAGUGCCUGGACUACACAGCAGACGAGGACGGUGUUUGGUACACGGUCGCCACCAUGAAUGUGCGUCGUGGCCUCGCUGGAGCCACGACACUCGGAGACAUGAUCUAUGUGGCUGGGGGCUUCGAUGGCAGCCGGCGUCACACCAGCAUGGAGCGAUACGACCCUAACAUUGACCAGUGGAGCAUGCUGGGAGAUAUGCAGACUGCCAGAGAAGGAGCUGGUCUGGUGGUGGCCAGUGGACUCAUAUACUGUCUAGGUGGAUAUGACGGAUUAAACAUCCUAAAUUCAGUGGAGCGGUAUGACCCACACACAGGCCACUGGACCAGUGUUACACCCAUGGCCACUAAGCGGUCAGGCGCUGGUGUGGCGUUACUCAACGACCACAUCUACGUGGUGGGAGGCUUUGAUGGUGUUUCACACCUCGACUCUGUGGAGGUUUACAACAUCAGAACAGACUAUUGGACCACUGUAGCCAGUAUGACCACGCCUCGAUGUUACGUAGGAGCAACUGUCCUAAGAGGACGUCUCUACGCCAUCGCCGGAUAUGACGGGAACUCUCUCCUCAGCAGUAUUGAAUGUUACGACCCGGUCAUCGACUCCUGGGAGGUUGUCACUUCGAUGGCGACGCAGCGGUGCGACGCGGGCGUCUGCGUUCUACGAGAAAAGUGAUCUUUGCCAAGAAGAAGAACCUCAAGAGGAAAAGCAGACGGGAGGACGGGCAGCUAGACUAAAAUGCCACAAAAACAGAACCACACAAAGGGAGAUGUUUGUUUGCCAGUAUGCAAAUAGGUACUCUUGAAAAAAGUACAGCAGUUUGGGGGCUGCCUCCUCGACUGGAUGGUCAACCCUUCGACAGUCAGACUGUGCAACAGAGAUUCAGCUUCGCCGUGGUAGACUUCACCUCCGAGGAGCCAAUCACCACUUGCAUGACUCUCUUCGGUGGUACUCGUUGCUGUCGUUACCUGUGAGAUUAUUUUUUCAGUUUGUCUUCAAAGUGCAAUAUAUUUCUACUCAUCAUAAGAAAACGUGAAUAGACGGAGUUGAUUCAGACUCCAGUUGCUGCUAUAUGCCUUAUGACUUUGGCCUACAUCAAACAGUGAACAUCCGUGUUGCCUCCCAUUUGACUUUGAUGAUCGUUACACUACAUUGGCUUCUUAUCGAGUGCACUCAUUCGGCAUUUGCGAGGUCAUUAAUGGGU